CCCGCACAUGUCGCCCGUCAGUCACAACUGGACAGGCAGGCUGGCGGUAUGUGAGAGCUCCUCAGCUAAGUAUCAGUGUCACGGAGAUCGGACAGGAGGAGAGUCUGCAUUCAGAAGGUGAAUGUGCGGCUCGACAUGCCACCUCACAUGGAUUACUUUUACCACGAGUCCCGAGUCCCUUCCGCUUGCGGGCUGACCCGGGAGGACGAGCUGGAGCCAGGCGUCAUCAGCUGUAUGCUGGUCGGAGACGGAGCCGUCGGGAAGACCAGCAUGAUUGUCAGCUACACCUCCAAUGGAUACCCGACAGAAUACAAACAGACUGGCUUUGAUGUCUUCUCCGGUCAGGUCCAAGUAGAAGGAUCUCCGGUCAAAGUUCAGCUUCUGGACACUGCUGGACAGGAGGAGUUUGAUGAAUUCAGGGCUCUGUCCUAUGCCCACACGGACGUCUUUCUCCUGUGCUUCAGCAUGGUCAACCCCACCUCAUUUCACAACAUCACCAAGAAGUGGGUGUCAGAGAUCCGGUCUUAUAACCCAUCCUCGCCCAUCGUUCUUGUUGGGACUCAGUCGGACCUCUUACUGGACGUGAACGUCCUCAUCAACCUGGACCGAUCUAAUGUCAAGCCAAUUCUGAGCUCCCGGGCCCGGAGCAUGGCGGACAAGAUCAGGGCUACAGACUACAUAGAGUGUUCGUCACUCACGCAAAAGAAUUUGAAGGAGGCGUUUGAUGCGGCCAUCUUUGCUGCCAUUAAGAACAAAGCCCGCAAGACCAAGAAGAGGAGGUUUUCUGACAGGCGCACUAAAGCUUUCUCCAGGUGCAGCUGGAAGAAAUUCUUCUGCUUCAUCUGAACUCAUAAACUGACUGUUAACCCUGUGGGUUGUGGACAAAACUCUAAUUUAUUUAAAUCCUUUACUUUUGCUUGAUGUCACAGCUCUGAUCUGUGGUAGUUUAGCAUCCUUCCCUGUUAAGUAUUUGGCGUAUUUUACUCUGGGAUGCCAAAUGGUGCAAGGGAAACAAAACAUGAGCACACAGUGAGGAUUGGGAACCAACAUCUGUGGAGACAGCAGAGAGGAUUCUGGGUCAUUCUCAGCCAGGGUCUGGUUUCACAGUCCAGCAGACCGACUCGGGACUGCAGUGUUGCUCACAUUAAACUCAAAUGUUUUGAUGUUCCAGGGCAAUAGAAAAAAACAUACCUUACAUAGAAAAAUCAAAGUGUGUGUAUGCUUAAAUGUGUAUGCAUCACUCGUGAGUCACUUCAGGGAGAAGGGCAGUGGAUUGAGACUAAAAGAGGCAAACACAUCAAGUUGCUCAACAUAUAUCCACAGAGAGAAAGGACAGGCCAUCAUGUAAAUGUUGUGAAUUUGCAUGGUGUGCUUUGCUACCAGCUGCAGCCUUUAAUGUAAGCGAGAGAGAAACAGAAAGUGUCGGGGCUGUGUUUGAGCAGAUGGGCGUUAGUCACUUUUCUGUUGUGUUCCUGUUGUCUGGCUACACCAGCCUAUUUAUAUGCAGCAGCUGCAAGUUCAUGUUGCAGUGCAAGAUGCCACAUUCUUACCUGUGUGAGAAAGUUCCCCUGGCCGGUUUGGGUUGGCAGUCUCUUGUCUUCAAGUUAAUCAACUGACAAUCUCAUCACCCCUGACAUUUACAUUUAAUGGGAAUAAUAUCAACUGAUUUAACAUCUGUGAGAAAGAAACACAGCAGGAUGACUUGUUUGUGACAAAUCAGAGACAAAUGUAAUUCAUCUAUCUUAAUUCUCAGAUAUGCACAGGAACUUGUUUGAAAAUCCUCUUGUUUGAGGUGAAAGGCUGAAUGGGAGCAGUAGCCUUUGGCUUUUUGUCCCUGUCUCCCAUCAAUCUGCAUCUGUAAAAGCAAGCACCGCAGGAGUCUUAACUUCCACCCUGCGGAUCCUCCCACCACCACCGUCAGCCUGGCUUUUUUUAUUCACCCCUCUUUGUUUAUAUGCUCAAUACACUCCUUAUCUCCUUAAUAGCCCACUGUGUACAGAGUUAUAGGAUGUUAAACUGCCUCUGCUUGAAUGUCAGUGUAAAGUAAUACACUUAAAAAAAAAAGCCUUGUGUCGGUGAUGUAUGUGCAAAAGAAAGUCAUAUUUUGAUGGAUAUACAAGUGACCAGGGCUAGGCUUUACUAUGCUUCUUGUGGAAGUCAGCUUAAUAUGCUAUUUUUAUGCUAUUCUGUUUGUUAAAACAGGUCAUUUGUCAUGUUUAUGUAUAUGAAAUAUUAGAUAAGACAUGGAUUUUAAAUGCAUUAAUGUACUCCACAAACUAUUUUUUGUUACAUUUUGAAUCACUGUUACUAAACCCCCCCCUUCUCUAACCUGUAUGUCUUUUUUACAUGUUGGAGUGAUGUGAUGCAAAUAAAUGAAGUGCAAAUUGUA